GACAUUAGAUCCUACCAAAUCGUCGAUACUAUUUAUCAAGGGGUUUUUUAUCAAGGAAUAGCCUUGUCUUUCCAAAUCAACAGUCAGUAGUCAACGUGUAGCCUUACGGACAACAGGAAAAUGUCGACUAUGGCCGAGAAAUUUUGCAUCCAAGACGGGCCACCAUCGGCUGAAACGUUAGAAAUAGCCAAGAACGAGUUGAGGGAGACUCCCGAAGUGGUCGAAGAGGCCCUCUUAAAGCUGAGAGAACUGCUAAAAGGAGAGCCUUCAUUGCAAUUUCGAGACGACGAUGAAGUAUUAAAAAUAUUUCUUAGACCUUGCAAGUUCUACCCGGAGAGCGCACUUCAAUUGAUGAAGAAAGUUUCCGAUUUCAAAGUGAAGCAUGCUGCGGUCAUUGGAAGCGUGCUCCCCGACGACGAAAAGUCUGCCAUGGUCGAUCACAACGUCGUCAACGUCCUCGUCGACAGGGACCAGAACGGAAGGCGGGUACUCAUCGCCAAUCUUGGCUCACUCUGGGACACCAGGGCGAUAAACGGUGACCAGAUCUUCAAGCUGUUCUACAUGGUCCAUGUCCUCGCCAUGCAGGAGCCAGAGACGCUGAUCCGGGGGGUCGUCGUCAUUCUGGACUUCUCGAAUAUGGGUCUGAAGCAGGUUGCACAACUGACGCCUAGCUUCUCGUUUAGACUGCUCUCCUUCAUCCAGGAGGCAAUGCCGCUGAGGCUGAAGCAAGUACACAUAGUGAAGCAGCCUUUUAUCUUCAACGCCGUCUGGAAGGUUUUCCAGCCUUUUGUAAAAGAAAAGUUAAAAACCAGGCUUUACUUCCAUGGAUCGAAAAUGAGCACCCUACAUGAAUUAAUGAGCCCCGAAUAUUUGCCUGAAAAUUAUGGUGGGAAGUUACCAAAAAUAGACUACACGAGCAAAGACUGGUACCCUGCCAUCAAAGGCACAGAAGAAAAAAUAAAAGAAUGGAACAGCUGGGGAUGGAAGCAAUAAAUUAUUGCCAAUAACUACAAAAUUUUGAUAAUGUAUAUAGCUCUAGAUGGAAUUCUAUAUUAAAUACAAAUUUAUUUAUAA